AUGAAUCACCCAGUCAACGGAGGUCUUCCUCAGAAAUGCGAUUUGAGGACUCAUUUGAAAAAGGCAAGAGAGGAUAUCGAAAAGCGCAUUCCUGAUGAGAACUUCAGCGGAUUGGCCAUAAUUGACUUUGAAAGAUGGCGCCCCCUUUUUUCUGAAAAUGAUUGGAUGAAGAAACGAGUAAGUGUAUCGAGUAAUGCCAGUGCAGUCUAG